GAGUUCAGACUCAGACCUCUGUCCCACCUGCAAGCGGUGGCGACAUGGGCGCCCGGAAGCGCGGGACCAGAAGCCGGAGAAGCCGGGACAGCCCCAUGCCCACGCCAUGCAUUCAGGCACUGUGCUUCGACCCUCUGGUGCGACGCUGCUUGGAAUGUAACCUCCUCCGCACACCGGACCCUCCUCGGCACGCCUUCGGCCCCUCGGUCCUCCGCCCUCCGUCUGCAUCCCCUUCACCAUCAGCGCCCGGGACAGCGCUGCAGCCGCAGGAGUCAGUGGGCACGGGACCAGGGCCGGACGCGACGCUGCCGCUGCCCGGGCUGCUCUUCGGAGCCCCCGCGCUCCUGGGACUGGUGCUGGUGCUGGUCCUGGUGGCCCUGGUGAUCUGGAGGUGGUGGCGGCAGAGCAGGAUGGCCUCCCCUGACACCCCAGACGGAGUCCAGGAAGAGUCCCUGGACAAUGUCUUCGUGUCCUCCUCAGAAACCCCCCCUGCCUCCGCUCCCAUCUGGCCUACCCCCAAAGAAGACGCCGACGCCACCCUGCCAAGCCACAGCAUCCCAGUGCCCGCCACAGAACUGGGCUCCACUGAGCUGGUGACCACCAAGACAGCCGGCCCUGAGGAAUAGCAGCUGUGGAGGGAACCGAGGGAGCCCUACUGGCUUUGUGGACUCUCCACCCCCCCCCUCCCCCCAGGCCUUGGAAAAGGAGUUCAGCCCUUCAGGGACGGAGCCCAUUGCCCGGAGGGUACCCGGCAGAACCACAGACACUACAGGCCACAGGCUCUCCCACCAGCACCGGACUGAUUUUGUGUUAGUCUUUGGCUCAAGAACAUUCUAUUUUUGAGACUGUGUUUAAACUCUUAUGCCUUAAACGGCUGGGCAGGCUUGAGUGUUGGAUAAUAAUCUCUUUGAAGAGUUAGAGACUGGACACUCAAUCUCUUUCUACAAAAUUUGGGUGGUGGACUGAAGAAAUGGCUCAGCAGAGGAGUCCAUGUUCUGUUCCUGCAGAGGACUGCGGUUGCCCAGUUUCCCUGUGUCCAUGUCUGCAGCUCACAACCACC